AAAUGCUGAGCUUCUUCCGUAGAACACUUGGGCGUCGGUCAAUGCGUAAACAUGCUGAGAAGGAACGACUCCGAGAAGCUCAGCGAGCUGCCACACACAUUCCUGCCACUGGAGACUCUAAGUCCAUCAUCACAUGUCGGGUGUCUCUUCUGGAUGGUACUGAUAUUAGUGUGGACUUGCCGAAAAAAGCCAAAGGACAAGAGCUCUUUGAUCAGAUAAUGUACCAUUUGGACCUUACUGAAAGUGACUAUUUUGGACUGAGAUUUAUGGAUUCUGCACAAGUAGCACACUGGCUAGAUGGUACCAAGAGCAUCAAAAAGCAAGUAAAAAUUGGUUCACCCUAUUGUCUGCAUCUUCGAGUUAAAUUUUAUUCCUCAGAACCAAAUAAUCUUCGUGAAGAGCUAACACGGUAGUUAUUUGUUCUUCAGUUAAAACAGGAUAUUCUCAGUGGAAAAUUAGAGUGUCCCUUUGAUACAGCAGUUCAGUUGGCAGCUUAUAAUCUGCAAGCUGAACUUGGUGACUAUGAUCUUGCUGAGCAUAGUCCUGAACUUGUAUCUGAGUUCAGGUUUGUGCUGAUUCAGACUGAAGAGAUGGAGCUGGCUAUUUUUGAGAAAUGGAAGGAUAGAGGUCAAACACCAGCACCAGCUGAAACCAAUUACCUGAAUAAAGCCAAAUGGUUAGAAAUGUAUGGGGUUGAUAUGCAUGUGGUCAAGGCUAGAGAUGGGAAUGACUAUAGCUUGGGACUGACUCCAACAGGAGUCCUUGUUUUCGAAGGAGAGACUAAAAUUGGCUUAUUUUUUUGGCCCAAGAUAACCAGAUUGGAUUUUAAGAAGAAUAAAUUAACCCUGGUGGUUGUAGAAGAUGGUGAUCAGGGCAAAGAGCAGGAACAUACAUUUGUCUUUCGAUUGGAUCAUCCAAAAGCAUGCAAACAUUUAUGGAAAUGUGCUGUGGAACAUCAUGCAUUCUUUCGUCUCCGAGGCCCGGUCCAAAAGAAUUCUCAUCGAUCGGGAUUUAUUCGACUAGGAUCACGAUUUAGAUAUAGUGGAACUGAAUAUCAGACCACAAAAACCAAUAAAUCAAGAAGAUCAACAUCCUUUGAAAGAAGACCCAGCAAACGAUACUCUAGACGAACUCUACAAAUGAAAGCAAGUACAGCAAAACCUGAAGAACUCAGUGUUCACAAUAAUGUUUCAACUCAGAGUAACGGCUCCCAACAGGCUUGGGGUGUGAGAUCUACUCUGCCUGGGAUUCCUUCUGUUCCCUCUGGUCCUGUGCUGGCAGAGAUAGAGAAUCUUCCAAGGAAACCUGGAUUAGACCAGCAUGACAGGAAAUGGCUCUCUGCUGCCAGUGACUGCUGUCAAUGUGGUGUAAACCAGUGGAACACAAGGGCCUUGUCCCCACCCCAGCCUGCACAUAGAAACUACACUGACUUUGUCCAUGAGCACAAUGUGAAGAAUGCAGGCGUCCAUCAUGGUGUUCAUUUUCCCGGCCAUGCAGCCAUGACUGAGAUAUGAGUGUUAAGCCCGUUAGACACUGGGACUCUUUGUCAUGCAAGUUGAUGGUA